AUGUAUGCUCAAUCAAAACUGUCGAACAUUCAACUUCUGCUAUCAAUCAUCCUCUUGUUUCCUCUUCUGGUUGAUGCUCUUCUUCCUACCAGUACGGAUGACGAAUCGGACCCAAUUAGCGAAUCGGUCUUUGAUUUGAUGGCCACUGUUCUAAUAGCAUCAAUUCUAACAAUUGAUGUCGAUCGUAUAGAACGUAGAAAAAAGCUUCUACAAAGGACAUUCUUCUCUACCAGCCUAUUUAUUACAUUGGGAAUAAUUUCUCCCAUGCAAAUUUGGUUUUGCGCCAGAGCUUACAAAGUUACAAAAGAUAUCUUUUUUAUUAUAUAUCUUAUAACAACACUUUUGUCGGGCGUUCUUCUAUACGGAUUCAAUGCUGUUAUGAUAUGUUGCAUGCGAGAUAUACCCGUAAAAUACUUUGACCUACUUCCUACAUUUUUAACCUGUACAUGUAUGUUCGGCAAUGACUUGGUUUUCGGCUUUCUGGCUGUGAGACGAGGAUACGUGAAUUCGUCGACUUACUGGUUUGUGUUUGGACCCGUUAUCCUAGCAUUUUUUAUUGGUGUAGGGAUAUUCAUAUAUGUUCUAAACUGGGAACUGACAUCUGAUGAUUAUAUGAAAGAGGAUGAAAAGCUUAAAAAAAUGUUUAAAGUUUACGGGAGAAAAUCUCGAAGGGCAACAUGGAUAAUUGGAUUUUGUUCCCAAUUAAUGUUUUGUUUGAUAGUUGCACCUUCAGUUCUUUGGAUAAAAUUUCACCUUACGUUGGGUUUUAUAGCUUUUACAAUGGAAGAUAUUUCUAUGAAAUUACAACGUAAAAUUGAGGAAACUGAGAAUGAAGUAAAAAGUAGAACCGAGUUGGCUAAUGAAAAAGGGAUUGUGAUUGAAGUUGUUAACUUGAAUUAG